AUGCGGUUAUCAUCAGCCCUUCUUCUUUCAGUGGCUGCGAUUGUGUUCGCCUUCCAACCUGUUACAGAAUCAGACGAGGUCAUACCAUCAAGUAAUUCACAAUGGAGGCCAUUAUCUGGGCUAGAGACGAAAAGAAGUGCCCCUGCUGCAGUACAUAGCUUACAGUUGAGGCGGCAACCCGAUGUUGACAACGGCCUUCAUCCUGAGAUUAGAAGCAUACAAGCCGCGAAUAGGGUGACGAAAAAGUUUAGACGAAGGGGACUUGAGGGACCGAGUGUGGAUGGGGAAGAGGUCAUCCGGCAACUGGAGCAGUCUCUGGAACGACGAAGGCUUUUAUCGAAACGACAGAGUUCAGGAAUAGUUGUCACAGAGAGUGGCCGGGCUACAGCUACGGGUGGAAUAAUACCUGCGGAAACACCAAGAACGCCUGACUCCAUGGGUGUUGGUCAAGAUGGAACCGACGUGUCCUAUUUUUCGGAAGUGAUGUUUGGUUCUGAAAACAAAACUUUUAUCUUGGUAAUUGAUACCGGAAGCUCCGAUACUUGGAUUCCCUCUAGCAAAUGCACAUCGGAAGCAUGUAAAAUCCAUUCCACUUUCGGACCAGACGACUCAGACACGUUGAAGACCACCCAAAAGACUUUCGACAUCAAAUAUGGUAGUGGUGACGUUAUGGGCACCGUUGUUACCGACUCAGUCAAGUUUGCUGGUUUUGAAUUAUCACUUUCAUUUGGUCUUGCAUCGGUGGUCUCAGAAGACUUUGUUAAUUUCCCUAUUGAUGGUAUUCUAGGCCUUGGGUUUAGUGAUGGGAGUCAACAGAAGGUUCCUACAAUCAUGGACGAGUUGGUGGAUAAAGGGUUAAUUAAGUCGAAGUUGUUUGGGAUUGCGUUGAGUAGGCAUGGAGACAAAGUGAAUGACGGUGUCAUUAACUUCGGAGGUAUAGACUCUGGGCUGUUUGAGGGUGAUUUGACAUUCACACCAUCUGUCUCAGACCAAGGAUUAUGGGAGCUGAAGUUGGAUGACGUGAGUGUUGAUGGAAAUACGCUAGGACUUACUGGGAAGACUACUAUUAUCGAUACGGGUACCUCCUUGCUUCUCGUUCCGCCUCAAGAUGCCCUGAGCAUUCACUCUAUAAUCCCAGGGGCAGUGGUUAGCGGGGAAACAUUUGCGAUUCCUUGCGACACAGAUGCCACCAUCGAAUUCACCUUCAGUGGAGUUACAUACAAGGUCAAACCUAUUGACUAUGUUGGGACCGAGGUAGAUCUCGAAAACAUGUGCCUCUCUUUAAUCAUAUCACGUCAAAUUCUUGGAAAGGACACCUGGAUUCUGGGGGACGUAUUUCUCAAGAAUGUUUAUUCUGUGUUUGACCUGCAAAAUAAUCGUAUUGGUUUUGCACCGAGACAAAAGCUAGACGAUAGCUCCGCAGCAACGUCCACAGCAACUGGCAGCACGUCCCUUGAAAAUGCCCCAGCACCGACAACCUCAGGAUCGUCCUCGAAUUCCAACGCGUCUCCAGGUGGUGAUGCAACUCCGAUGCCUCGUUCUCGUAUCGAAGGUCUCCUCGCAUCAUUCCCGAAACUCACUGAUACAGGUACUCAGCACACUACCAUAGAGACGGAAAAUGUUCGCUAUGUCUACCAGCUUCUUGACGAGCUUUACCUUGUCCUCAUAACCAACAAACAGUCCAAUAUUCUGCAGGACAUCGACUCACUGCAUCUAUUCGCCCAGGUCGUGUCCUCGAUCUGCAAAUCACUUGAUGAACGAGAGAUACUGAAGAACUCAUUUGAGCUUUUGAGCGCAUUCGAUGAGGUUGUCUCGUUGGGCUAUAGGGAGAAUUUGGGUCUACAGCAGAUAAAGACCUUCUUAGAGAUGGAGAGCCACGAGGAGAGGAUCCAGGAGAUUAUUGCCAGGAACAAAGAGUUUGAAGCUACCGAGGAGCGGAAACGCAAGGCUAAACAGCUCGAUCUCCAACGGAAGGAAAUGUCUCGUAAUGCUUCUGGAAUUGGUUCUGGAGGAAUGGGUUCAUCUGGUCGUUCUUCAACCCCACGCGCCCCGCAAUUUCCGACUUACAACCCCCCCUCAAAGUCUACGACGGAUUCUUACGACUCAUACGAGGCUGAGAAGAAAAAGACUUUUUCGUCAGCACCCAAGGGCAAAGGUAUGCAGCUUGGACGCAAGUCAAAAACGACGGAUAUGUUCGAGCGUGUCCGCGGGGAUCUUGGUGCCGAUGCCGAGGAACGCGCGCCUCUGGUCUCGUCGACACCAGCCCAAGAUGUUGUAUCCCCAUCAAGGGCCAGCUUUUCGGGCGAUCGGAAAGCAGUUCAGAUCAUCAUUUCAGAGCAGAUAUCCGCCUCUCUCAACCGUGAAGGUGGCGCCAAGAGCUUUGAAGUCAAAGGUGACCUGCAGCUUCGGAUUAUGGACCCUGCACUCUCCAAGGUGAAACUCAGUGUCACAGCCGAAAAUGCGGACGCUCAGUUCCGCACCCACCCCAAAGUUGACAAGGGCUUGUUCUCGUCACAGUCCAUCAUCCAGCUUAAGGAUCAAGGGCAGGGCUUCCCGGUGAAUCAACAGAUUGGCGUUCUCCGUUGGCGUACUACAACCGGUGAUGCACCUUUGGCUUUUACUAUAUGGGUUAACCAGGGUCCCAGUGCUGGUAAAUACAAUGUCACGGUGGAAUAUGAGCUCGCUGGAGAGGAUACGCUUCGUGAUGUUAUCAUCAAUAUUCCAUUCCGCCGUGAUGAACCAACUGUGACUACUAUGGACGAGGUCUACGAAGUUUCGGGUGAUAGUUUAGAUUGGACAAUUCCAUCUAUCAGCGAGGAUAAUUCUACCGGAAGUUUUGAGUUUGAGGCGGAAGCAGAUGAGGAUAACGAGUUUUUCCCGAUGACUGUCAAGUUUAGAAAGGAGAGCCCAAUUGUGCCUGUUGAUGUUCACGAAGUUACAUUGACAGAGAUGAGUGAGAGUCUGGACUUUUCCAAGGACGUGAAAGUCGUUGCUGAAAAUUACGUUAUUUCUUAG